AUGUAUAUAGGACGUCACUUCCCGUUUGUUGCGGUCGCACGUAUAGAGUUUGAGCUCCGUGAGGACACGUUCGAGCUGCACUCGUUGCAGCUCGAGCUGGAGGCCGUGGAGAAGCAGAUUCAGGAGCUGUUGGUGCGGCAGACGGAGCUGAGAGAGCGGAGGGCCGCUCUGGAGUCCUCCCGGGUGAGUAACGUUAUACAGCGCGAUACUAACACUCUGACCACCUCUACUCCGUGUGCUUCUCUGCACAGGUCCCGUGCACCCUGGACGCGAUCUUCCCAGAUGUCCUUCACUCCGGCGCCGGGACACCACGGACCCUGGGUGCAGCAGCAGCGGAAGACGCGAGCCAGGCCCCGGCCGAGGACCUCGCCCCCUCCGCCGCCUCCGGUCUUCGAGAUCUCCACCCGGAACCGCUUCGCUCCCCUUCGCGAGACGGAACGCGACGCUGUGAUCGUCGGAGACUCCAUUGUCCGGUACGUACGUGCUACUUUAGCUAAAGGUAAAGUCCACACCCACUGUUUUCCUGGUGCUCGCGUUCUCGAUGUUUCUGCGCAGAUACCCGCAAUCCUGAAGGACGGCGAGAGCGUCGGCGCGAUCGUUCUGCACGCGGGGGUGAACGACACCAGGCUGCGGCAGACGGAGGUUCUGAAGAGGGACUUCAGCAGCCUGAUCGAGACGGUUCGCAGCACGUCGCCCGCGACGAGGAUCAUCGUGUCAGGACCGCUUCCCACGUAUCGACGUGGGCACGAAAAGUUCAGUAGACUUCUUGCUCUAAAUGAAUGGUUACUGACAUGGUGUAAAGAACAGAAACUGCUCUUUGUUAAUAAUUGGAAUCUUUUCUGGGAGCGUCCUAGGCUUUUCCGUGCUGAUGGCCUGCACCCCAGCAGAGUCGGAGCGGAGCUGCUGUCGGACAACAUCUCCAGGACGCUACGCUCCAUUUGACUAGUAAGUACAUCCUCAAAUGAUUGCUACGACGGCUUUUGUUCUGAACGCUUAAAUGAGAGUACUUGCACUGUCCAAUCUAUAAAGACUGUGUCUGUUCCUCGAAUAGUGAGAUCAAAACAUAAAUUUAAUGCAGGAUCUAGAAAAAAUCUGAUCGUAAUUAAACCAGAAAAAAGCAAAAUACACGAACAGAAACCAUUUUUAAAGCUUGGGCUGCUAAACAUUAGAUCACUUGCACCGAAAGCAGUUAUUGUGAAUGAAAUGAUCACAGAUAAUAGUUUUGAUGUACUCUGCUUAACCGAAACCUGGCUAAAACCUAAUGAUUAUAUUGGUCUAAAUGGAUCCACUCCACCAAACUACUAUUAUAAACAUGAGCCCCGUCAGAGUGGUCGUGGUGGUGGUGUUGCAACAAUAUAUAGUGAUAUUCUCAGUGUUACUCAGAAAACAGGAUACAGGUUUAAUUCAUUUGAAAUACUUUUGCUUAAUGUUACUCUGCCAGAUAUGCAAAAGAAAUCUCUCCUAUCUCUUGUUU